AGUAAAUAUUGAAGAGUUUUUGGAUUUUGUGGAGAGAGAAAGAAUGAAGUUAAUCUUGAAAAUAAUUAAGAGGAAUGAGUAAAUAAAUAUAAUUAAGCAAACAUAAACAAAUACUUUUUCGUUGAAGAAAAAACAAAAACAAAGAAAUAUAUGUAACCCCAAGAAAAGAAAGAACGAAAGGAAAAAUGGGAAGGAACCUACGACAGAUCAAAAAGGUGAAGCGGGAUUCUGUAAAAACGACGACGGCGACGACGGAUCUGUUGGUGGAGAGUCGGAGUGGCUCUGACUGUCUGGUAGGCCUGGAGUGCUUGCUAGACAUAGUCAGAGCCCUGGGUAUGGGUUCGUGUCUUUCGGUGGAAGGAGCAUCUGCCGGGGCCGGAGGUCUUCUUCCUUAUGGUUCGGCCUCACCAUCAUCACCCGGAGGAAGGAGGAGGGAUAGGAGAAAGAUUCGAAGGACAAUUUCUUCUAAUUCGUCUUCUUCAGCCUCACCUUCUUCUCCCUAUUCUACAAUCGAUUCACAUAUAGAGAAACGGCUUCACCGUGUUCCUGGUCGGAUUUGCUUGAAUGGCUGCUCUGAUGUCACCUCGCUUUUCACAAAGCAAGGGCAAAAGGGGGUCAACCAGGAUGCUAUGAUCGUUUGGGAGAAUUUUGGUUCAAGGGCAGAUACCAUUUUCUGUGGUGUUUUCGACGGCCAUGGUCCUUAUGGCCAUUUGGUUGCCAAAAAGGUGAGGGAUUCUCUGCCUUUAAAGCUGAGUUCCCGUUGGGAUCUGAUUACUGCUGGCUCCAAAAAUGGGGUUUCAGGAGCUAGUAAUUAUGCUUUGGGUAGUAGUCCAGAGACUGGAGAAUGUGCAUCUUCACUUAAACUUGUGCACGGUCAUGAACAGACUGAGCUCAUUUCAACAUUGAAAGACUCAUUUCUGAAAGCUUUUAAGUUUAUGGAUAAGGAACUCAAAGUGCAUCCUCAUAUUGAUUGCUAUUCCAGUGGGACAACAGCUGUAACCCUGGUGAAGCAGGGUCAGGAUAUUGUUAUUGGGAAUAUUGGGGACUCAAGAGCUGUUUUGGGUACGAGAGAUGAAGAUGAUUUUUUGGUGGCAGUGCAAUUGACUGUCGACCUUAAACCAAGUCUUCCAAGGGAGGCAGAGAGGAUUAAGCGUUUCAGAGGACGGAUAUUUGCACUAAAAAAUGAGCCUGAUGUUGAUCGCGUUUGGCUACCCAACAGUAAUUCCCCUGGUCUUGCUAUGGCCCGGGCUUUUGGAGAUUUUUGUUUAAAAGAUUUUGGCUUAAUAUCAGUCCCUGAUAUUUCUUACCAUCGUCUCAGUGAGAAGGAUGAGUUUGUAAUUUUGGCAACUGAUGGGAUCUGGGACGUUCUCUCAAAUGAAGAAGUUGUCAAUAUAGUUGCAUCAUCCCCUCAGUCUACUGCAGCUAAAGUCGUAGUGGAAACUGCAGUGCGAACCUGGAGGUAUAAAUUCCCGUUCUCAAAAGUAGAUGAUUGUGCUGUGGUUUGUCUCUUCCUCAAUUCCGAUUCAAACAAAACGUCAGUUAUUUACACUGCCAACAACAAUAUAGUGCCUGGUAACGAUAAUGGUUGUUCUCUAAUGAGAUUAGAUUGAGAAUCCACUGCUGGAAAGCCCCCUGAGGUUUGAGUUCAAAAUUGGAAUCAGGGAUUUAGUGAAAGAAGCAGCAGUAUGAGAUGAGUACAGUAGGCUUGUUUGAUGCAUGGGAUACUCUUUUUAUUUUUCAUUGUUGUCUAUAUAUCACAUCAUCCAUUCUUUUAUACACUUGGCUUUGCAUAUUUUCUACAAAGCUUCGGGGCUAAGGUUGAACUUUCAUGGGACUACGUUCGGUUAUUUUCUAGAUAGACGUGGACCCUCGACCUAGUCCACCUAUUUUUCUUUUUAAAUGUAUAAAAUAUAUAAAUAUAUUUAUUAUAUAUAUAUAUAUAUAUAUAUAUAUAUUGUGUGGAUUUGGAGUUUUCUCCUGUAAAUGUUGGAUCUUUGAAUUUUAAUUUUUUACAGUUAAGAUAGGAAGGA